AUGCUGUUUUCUACAGUUGCUAUCGCCGCACUUGCGGGCCAGGUUGUUGUCGCCGAGGGGGUCCGCAAGCCAUAUAAACCGGAGCUCGCUCGGAUGUCUGUAAAAGCGAUGCUGCUUGGAAAGCGCCAGGAGGAUGGAGGAUACGAGCCGGACACGACCUUCUGUGGAACUGGCACCACGUGCGCCGAAGCCUGCGGUGCUGGAUAUCAGCAAUGUUCUUCGAGUGAUGAUCAGGUUCACUGUUUUGAUGCCGCCAGCUCGCAGACCUGCUGCCCAAACAACAGUGGAGACUCUUGCGACGCUGGCUACUACUGCUCGGCAGACACAACCGGUGCUACGUACUGCUGUCCCAACGGAUCAUCGGUAGAAGACUGCGCAGCGACUUUCAGUGUGACUGGAGGCCUGUCUUCACAGAUUCCCGGUCCCACAUUGACAACAACAUUGACGUCGACCUCCAUCUCGACUGUGGUCGUUCCGAGACCCACCACUACUACAUCUUUUGCCAUAACCAGCACCGCUGCUGUAGCAACAACCAGCUCCAGUGUUGUUAUUUCAACCUCUUCAGAAGCUGUGGCUACUAGCACCACCGAGGAAUGUACCACUUACACGUCGGAGAUCGUCCACACAAUCAUCCCUGCUUCCGGGACAACUAGCUACAAUGCUACUACCGUCAAGGGCACUGGUUAUUGGCCUACAAGCUCGACACCUGCCGUUACGACUCUUCCCGUUCAGGCUGGAGCUUCAUCAACACAAGCAUCGUUCAUAGUUGUCAUGGCUGCUGUUGCGAUCGCUGCUCUUCUCUAA